AUGCGUACCUCAAUUUUGACUGCUGCCGCUCUCGGCGCGGGCUCUGUUGCUGCCACUGCCCUGAAGCCUCGAGCUGAUUUGCCCGCCGUCUCAGUCAAAGGCAACGCCUUCUUCGCCGGAGACGACCGCUUCUAUAUCCGCGGUGUCGACUAUCAGCCUGGUGGUUCUUCCGAUGUUGCGGAUCCCAUUGCCGAUACAGCAGGAUGUGCCAGAGACAUUGAAUACUUCAAGAAGCUGGGAAUCAACACGAUCCGUGUCUACACCGUCGACAACUCUGCAGACCACGAUGAGUGCAUGACCGCCUUGGCAGAUGCUGGCAUCUACCUCGUCCUCGAUGUCAAUACCCCCUUGUACUCAUUGAACCGUGCCAACCCCGGCCCUUCAUACAAUGCCGUUUAUCUGCAGAACAUUUUUGCAACCAUCGAUAAGUUCCAGAAGUACACCAACACUCUGGCUUUCUUCUCUGGUAAUGAGGUGAUUAAUGACCCAGAAACUUCAAUCACUGCUCCUUAUAUCAAGGCAGUUACCAGAGACAUCCGCCAGUACAUCCGCAACCGUGGAUACCGCACCAUCCCUGUCGGGUACUCGGCCGCUGAUGUCAGCGAGAACCGCAUGGAAAUGGCUCAAUACAUGAACUGCGGCACUGACGAUGAACGCUCGGAUUUCUUUGCAUUCAACGACUACUCCUGGUGCUCUCCCUCUAGUUUCACAGUUUCCGGAUGGGACCAAAAAGUCAAGAACUUCACCGGCUAUGGCCUUCCUAUUUUCCUGUCCGAGUAUGGUUGCAACACCAACACGCGUGAUUUUGGUGAGGUCGAGUCGCUAUACAGCACCGACAUGACUGGCGUUUACUCAGGUGGCCUGGUUUAUGAAUAUUCCCAGGAGCCUAGCAACUACGGCCUGGUCGAUCUCAGCGGUUCCACCCCCGAAGAACUACCCGAUUUCCAAGCUCUGGCUGAUCAGUUCGCCAAGACUCCCAAUCCCCAGGGUGACGGUGGUUACAGCAGCACCCAAGCCGUAUCUGACUGCCCAACUUUCUCUGAUCCUAACUGGCAGGUCGAGGGAAACAGUCUGCCAGCUAUCCCCGAUGGCGCGAAGAAGUAUAUGACAUCUGCCGAUGGUGCUGGUGCUGGCCCUGGUCUUUCUGGCCCUGGUUCUCAAAAUGCUGGUGGUGAAUCUACUGGAACUGCUACCGCCGGCAGUGGAGCUGCCACAAGGACUGGCGACUCUAGUUCAUCUUCGAACACCUCUAAUGCUGCUUCUGCAUUGAUCGCACCAGAAUGGUCGCUCGCUCCUUUGGUUUGCGGUGCCAUCACGGUAUUUUCUAUGCUCUUUGGAGCCUCCUUGUUGUAA